AUGUCGUUGGAGGCUGUGGCAGAUGGAUUGUUACUUGGACUUCUUUCUUCGUCACUUCCCCUCAUUGUCAGGUCCUUGACUGGCACUACCUGCUUUUCUACAAUGAAAAAAGGAGCACAAAAGGAUGGAGAUAUGAUGAUUUCUGGGUUUUUCCCUCUCUACACUUUGGAAAUUGAUCAUGGUAACAGUGAAGUUUCUGGAGAAGAUGAGCAAACGCCGAUCUUCAAGGAUUACCAUUUUGUUUUGGCCUUGGUUUUUGCUAUUGAGGAGAUCAACAAAAACCCUUUUCUUUUAAACAACUUGACAUUGGGAUUUGAUAUCUAUGAUGUUCAAUUCAGAGGUUGGAUAGUGUUUAAGAAUACCUUCAUUUGGCUCUUUGGGAAGUACGAGUCUCCAAACUACUCCUGUAUGAGAUACAACAAGUCCAUAGCAGCAAUUACAGGACCAUCAGUCAUAACAUCUGACAAUAUUGGGACAUUGCUGGGACUCUACAGAUUUCCACAGUUUACCAUUGGAUCUUUCGAUCGUGCCCUGAGUGACCACAACAAGUUUCCUGCUCUCUAUCAGAUGGCCCCAAAGGACACAUCAAUAGCCACUGCAAUGGUCUCACUACUGCUUCAUUUCAGCUGGAUCUGGGUGGGACUGUUGACCUCAAAAGAUGAGAAUGGUUCAUGGAUUCUUGCUGAAGUAAAAGAAGAGAUGGUCAAGAACAGAGUUUGUAUAGCCUAUGAGUUAGAGAUCUCAAGCCAAGAUUUGUCACAUUUACAAAAUAUCAUUGGAUUUUAUAACAAGAUGAAUAGAUCUUCAGCAAGUGUCCUCAUCAUAUAUGGUGAUGACGAUUCACUAAAAGUUUUAAUGAUAAGUAUUGAGCAAAUAUUCAUACAAGGAAAAGUUUGUAUCAUGAACUCAGAGUGGGAUUUCACCAAGAAGAGGAGAUAUUUCAUGGUAGGCUCAUUGCAUGUACCUUUUAUUUUUAGACACCAUCAUAUAGAUGUUUCUGGAUUCACAGAUUUUGUCAAGGCAGUUAAUCCUUCCAAAUACCCAGAAGACUUUCCUCUUGCUAGGCUGUGGUUUCUCUCUUUUAAUUGUUCAGAUUCUGAUUCUGACUGUGUAACAUGGGACAACUGUCCUCAUGAUGCCUCUUUGGAUUGGUUGCCUGGGCACAGUUUUGACAUGGCCAUGUCUGGAGACAGUUACAAUAUAUACAACGCUGUGUAUGCUGUGGCCAAUGCUCUCCAUGAGCUGCUUCUUCAUCAAACAGAAGUUCAAACAAUGGGAAAUGGAAAAGGGACAGUGCCUUCCCCUGCACAGCUGCACCCUUUUCUGAAGAGCAUCCAGUUUUACAGUUCUACUGGAGACCAAGUGAUUUUGGAUGAGAAAAGAAAAUUGGAGACAGAGUAUGACAUUCUGAAUAUUUGGAAUUUUCCAGAAGGUCUUGAACUUGCUGUGAAUGUAGGAAAGUUUUGUUCAUAUGCUCUAUAUGGCAAUCAGUUAUCUUUAUCUGAUGAUAUGGUAGAGUGGUCCAUUGGAGCUACAGAGACUCCUCACUCUGCUUGCAGUGAGAGUUGCAGUCCUGGAUUUAGGAAAUCUCCUCAGGAGGGAAAAGUUGCCUGUUGCUUUGAUUGUACCCUUUGUCCAGAGAACGAAAUUGCUAAUGGGACAGGCAAGUAUAUGGAGCAAUGUGUGAAGUGUACAGAUCAUCAAUAUGCCAACACAGAGAGAAACCAGUGCCUCCUGAGAGCUACGAGUUUCCUGGCUUUUGGAGAUCCCUUGGGCAUGGUUCUAGCCAGCAUGGCUCUUUGCUUCUCUAUGCUAACUGCUGUUGUUCUUGGGAUAUUUGUGAAACACCAAGACACUGCCAUUGUCAAGGCCAAUAACAGGGCUCUCAGCUACAACUUGCUCAUCUCCCUCAUCUUCUGUUUCCUUUGUUCUUUGCUCUUUAUUGGCCGUCCUAACAUGGUCACAUGCAUUCUGCAGCAGAUCACAUUUGGGGUUGUCUUCACCAUGGCUAUUUCUACAGUGUUGGCCAAAACAGUGACUGUGGUCUUGGCCUUCAAGGCCACUUCUCCAGGGAAAAGGAUGAGGUGGCUGCUGGUAUCAGGGGCUCCAAAGUUCAUAAUCCCCAUCUGCACCCUUAUCCAGGUAAUGCUCUGUGGAUUAUGGCUCGGAACCUCUCCUCCCUUCAUUGACACAGAUGCACACUCAGAACAUGGCCAUAUCAUCAUCCUGUGCAACAAGGGCUCCCUCACUGCCUUCUACUGUGUCCUGGGAUACCUGGGCUCCCUGGCUGUGGUCAGCUUCACUGUGGCUUUUCUGGCCAGGAACCUGCCUGACACCUUCAAUGAAGCCAAGUUCCUGACCUUCAGCAUGCUGGUGUUCUGCAGUGUGUGGGUCACCUUCCUGCCUGUCUACCACAGUGCCAAGGGGAAGGUGAUGGUGGCUGUGGAGGUCUUUUCCAUCUUGGCCUCUGGUGCAGGGCUCCUUGGCUGCAUUUUUGUACCAAAGUGCUACAUUAUCUUGUUAAUGCCAAAUAAAAAUUCUCUACAUAGUUUCAGCUAUAAAAGACAUAGUGGGCAAAAUAAACAUUCUUAA